UUGUCAUAAUUGGCUUCAGCAUACACAUUACGGGGCGUGUUUUGGUUUAAUGCAAUUUGCGACCUAGUCGAAAGGUUACAGCUGUGGCCUGUAUUCGCUGAAAUCGAACACUGCCAGUCGCGCGGGAUAGAUCAAUAAAGUGCGAGACUGGCAGCCGAGUGUGUCGCUGUUUUUCAGGCAACACCGCACAAGCCAGCGAGACAGCGGGUAGAGUAAGCUUUCUCUACUCCGCGAGCCCCCUUCAAACUGAUAGCCGCCGGUGGGACGAUGCCAACCGCUGAACCGAACAAGCACAGCCGCUGCUACUGAACUGUUCACCGAAGCGCCCUGCUGUUCGACUGAGCGGUUGUGCAGGGCGCUCUCUAAUUCAUCGCAGCGCCGUAAACUAAAGUCGCGGGUGUCCCCGAAGAUGCGCAUGGACCCGAGCAUCCUUCCAGUCCUAUGUGGAGUGAUGGUGAUGGUCUCCAGCUGCCUUGGCGCAAGGGUUGUGAGCGGUCAGACAAUCUGCCAGGGGGGACCGGAGAACCCGUGCUACAAGAUCGCCUACUUCCGGGACGUGUCCAGCCGGGUGGCAUUCCGGGAGGCGAGGCAGGUGUGUGAGAUGGAUGGCGGGGCACUGCUGAGCGUGGAAAGCCCAGCAGAGCAGCAGCUCAUUGAACGCCUCCUCCAGGAGCUCAGCUCGAGCUCCUCCUCCAACCCCGCCCACUCUGAGCCCGGCAUCGCCGACGGCGACUUCUGGAUUGGCCUGACCCGGGACGGAGAGCCUCAGGACCAAGGUGGCUUUGCCUCCUGCCCUGACCUGUACAGGUGGGCUGACAACAGCGUCUCGCAGUUCAGGAACUGGUACUAUGAUGAGCCGUCUUGUGGGGGAGAGGCCUGUGUGGUGAUGUACCACCAGCCCACUGCUCUCCAUGGGCUGGGCGGGCCCUACCUGUACCAGUGGAAUGAUGACAGGUGUAAUAUGAAGCACAACUUCAUCUGCAAGUAUGCGCCAGAGAGCCUGCUGGACAAGGAGUUUUCAGACCGACCACGAGAACCAGAUGUGUCCCCGAAACAGCCAGAAGAGAGUGACCCCUCUGUCACUAACGAAGAGGGGGCUUCCCAUGUUCUGGUGGUUGGCCCCUCUGGGCUGCUCCUGGUCUAUGUGAUCAUCCCCACCAUUCCGCUUCUCCUGCUGAUUGUGGUGGCCUCAGGAACCUGCUGCUUUCAGAUGCUCAGCAAGAGCAAACCACGGACCAAAACCAGCAUGAAUCAGUCAACGCUGUGGAUCUCAAAAACACCCAAGGCUGACAAUGGGCAGCACCAUAGGAGAUGUCCUCACCAAACACCAGAGCCAAAUUCCACACACAGCUGAAAUACUCAAAUACACCUGAAAGUAGCUGCACUUACACCACUGACAAACUCCACACACAGCUAACCAAAAUGCACCUAAAACAAUAACUCUACACACACCUGAGCCAAACUCCACAUAUACCUUACCCAAAUGCACCUGAAACUAACUCUACACAAACACCUGAGUUAAAUUCCAUAUACACAUAAGUAAAAAAACACCUGAAACUAACAGCACACACACCUGAGCUAAACUCCUGUAACUAAUACUGUAACUCAAAUACACCUGAAGCUAGCUGCACAUACACUUAAUUUCCACACGUACCUAAACCAAAUGCACCUGAAACUCCACACAUACAGGCUAAACUCCAUAUACACAUAACCCAAAUAAACCUGUCCCCAACACACCUGACAAAAAUGCCAAACACACCAGAUCUGAAAGGGGUAUAAUUAUGCUUCACUGCUCAGAGUGAGCAUGUGAACAGUAUCUGGUCUGCAUAUUUUGAUAAAUCCAAGCAUGAAAUGUUAACAAACAGCGCAGUGUACCAGCAUAGAAUCUAAAUUAUCCACACAUAAACAUCAAAGGAAAAUAUAAUGAAGACAUUGGAUUGUUUAACAUUUUGGCAUAGCUCCUUGAAUCCAGAAAGACCAAAAAAACUAAGUUACACAUUAUUUUAAGCGUUAAUCAGUUUGUGAGUUAAUCACUGACUAACUUAUGAUACUUAUAUUAUACGAAAGCCUGGAUUCAAUUGUUUGUAACUUUGACCUCAAUUAAAAACAUACAUGCCCACUUAAUUCCAUUAGAGGGACUUAUGAACAGAUAUGAUACACUGAAUUGUGACUUGGAAAUAAAUGCAACUGUAUCUAUAAUCAGUGUAAACACAUUAAUCUCAUGAACGUUUGUCAUUGUAUAACUGAAAACAGAAAAAUAAGAUCAGCAAAACAUAGAAAAUUAAGAUUAGCAUAAUCAGAUUUUGUUGGAAAUAUACAAAUAGUAUUUAAGUUAAGAUCUCACUUUGAGCCUCUGUUUGUUUUUAACAUGUAUGUUCCAUAAAUCAGAGGCUAAUACUAUUGUACCCUUACACAUUAUAACAGUCCAUUAAACUUUUCACAAUAAUGGACUGAAAAUGGAAUGUCAGUCAUUUGCACUUGAUAUUUAUUAAAUGUUUUCAUCUUAUAUUCUUUACAGAUGAAGACACAGAUUAUGAUUUUUUGGAAAAUGAUAAAUCAGCUCAUGUUGCAUAGGAGGUUCUUAUCAUCGAUCACUGAAGAGAAAUGCUACAGUAACUAUGGCCUGAUGCACUGUGCAUUUACAUAACAUUUACUAGAUGCUCUAAUACAGAGUGAAUUACACAAGUGCACACAUAAAGAUUGCACACAUGAAGAGUUCAUGGUUAGUUGGAUGAGGAAGCCAGAGAUCUUGGCAUCCCUUUUCACAAGAUUCUUCAUGUGAAAUUUCUAAGUCAAUCAGAGAUACCAUCGUCAGGGGGAGUGCACAAUGUUAUGUUCGUUGGCAGCGUAGACCUUAUUGGCGUAUCUGUCAAAGGUAGAUGAGGAGUGACUCAUUACAGCCCAAGCAGGAAGUUAAGAAAACCAUAAUGCUCAGCUAAUGUACAUUAGGUCCUUAGCUGGGCCCUUGCAUCACUGAAGCCUUUUGUGUUUUUAUCCUGCUUAAUGUACACAGGUAGAGAUGCUGAUGCAUUGUUGGCUUUAUGUGCCACUUUUAGGAGACUGUCUCCACAUAAAUGAUCUGUGCUCACAGGUAGCCAGCAUGAUAAUCACAAACAGCUAAUCCCCGUCUGUUGUUCCGUAUUGAAGAUUUAGUUCUGCUUGAGCAAACUCAGUGGGAGGACCUGCUGGGACUGCUUGGUUAGAUGUAAUAUGCACAUGCUGAAUGACUCAGUCAUUGGUUUUAGUGUAAAUCCAGCUGAAGUGUUCCCAAAAACACAGUCGUAACAAAAAAUGAACUUGUCCCAAACAGAACUGGCCAAAACACACAACAUACCUGUCCCAGAACUAAUCAUCUUAAACACAUAACACAGCAUAAUGCUGCUCGAUCACAACUGACCAAAACACUUUACGCUCUUGUCCAAAACACGGUCAACCAAAACGCAUAAUGCAGCUGAUCAAAAAAACAAUUGAUCCAAAUUAUGCACCCAUUCCUAACACAGUUGAUCCAAAGAAAAUUAACUUGUCCCAAACGCAAGAGAACCAAAUGCAUAAUGCAGCUGUCCCAAACACAGUUGACUCAAACUCAUUAGGCACCUGUCCUGUAGGCAAUCGACGCAGUUGAACCAAACGCAGUUCACCAAAACUCAUUACACACCUAUUCUGAACACAGUGGACAAAAACACAACAACACAAAUACAUUACGCACUACUCCCAAACACAAUUGAUUUAGAAAAGCAAUCUAAUUCUGUGGCUGCUGGACUUGCUGAAGAGAGAAUAGUGUGGAGUUCAGUUUGACUUGGUCAUUCAAGAGCUAAACUGUCAGUCUGCAACCCUGCCCAUCUCCCUCCUGCUAAUUGACCAGGAGAAUUAAAAUGAUUUGGAAUCAGAACAGGUUAAGGACAAGAAUGUGUUGAAGUUGGUGUGUGUAUCAAUGCAUUGGAACUGGAAUGCUUUUGGCUUUACAGUGCGCUGCUGUUAAAUUGUGCUGAAACUAGAAUAUUUUUCUGUUAAGAGCGUGUUGGCAAUAAAAAUUUGUGAAAGUUGCAGUAUGUUCGUGGGGAUUGCACCCCAUCCCCCAGAGGCAUUUGCAUCUGUUUAUUUCCUUUUUUGUUUAUCCAUAUAUUCAGCAGAACUUAGAAAUAUUUAGGAACAAUCACUAUCAUUUCACCCACAUACAUACACUGUCACACACACACACACACACAUACACACACACAUGCACACAAACACAUGCACACACACAUACACGUACACACAAAAACACACAGGCUCUGGCAUCGUCAGCUAUUUUUACAGUUUCAAAUCUCAGAAAUUUGUCACUUCUGAAUGCACCAUCUCUAACCAGUCUGAAAUCAGAACUCCAUUAACAACAAACAGUGAGGCUCACACUAAUUGAGUCAUACAGAAUGAUCAAAUUACUCUUAAAAUAAUAUAAAUAAAAGGGAUAAAAGGGAAAUUAAAUGUUUGAAUUCCUCUGUGACGCAAAUUUGACUGAACCAAUCUGUCGGAUCACCGUCAAAAUACCCAUCAGCAAAGAGCAUGGCAAAACUGGGCCAACUCAGCAGAGAGGCUACAAAGGAAAUUAUUUUAAAUGGAUAAAACUAUUCAUUCAAAAACGAUUCAAAGCUGAGAAAUCUCUUCAGGUCUGUUUAAUUUCUGUGUGUACAGUAAAUUCAAGCUUGUGGCUGUCUCCUGCUGCUGAUCGUUUUAAGCUGUCCCCAUUGCUUCACACACGAGUGGAGAAGAAACGGGCUCUUCAGCCCGUUCAAAUGUCAAAUCUGCCUUGUAUUUGCAAAGAUUGAAGAGUCCACCAUUCACAUACUGUAUCAUGGACUGAACUUGGUGUAAAAGGAAGUUUCAGAAUUUUAAGGUGUGUGUGUGUUUGCAUGUGUGUGUAUGUGUAUGUGGAAGAUUGUUGGACAUGGAGCAUUUAAAGCCUAAUUGUUAGGUUGCGCCUGUUUUUAAAUGGAUAUAUUUUAAGCUAAAUAGGUUCCAGUUGUUGAAAUGUUCUUGUUAAUGAGUCACUGUGAUUUUCAGGGGUUGUGUGUUUCAUACUUUUCUUUAAUUUUGGGAAAUGACCUAUCCUUAAACUCAGUGGUUACUGUAAAGAAAAAGAGCUAAUGUAAAACACAUACAUUUUCCACUUUUGCCUUGUUCUGACAAUUCAGAUUAAAAUGCUAUAUAUGAUAAUGUCA